UCUCCCGUCUGUCUCUCUCUUUGUUGUGAGUACAGGACAGCAAAGUUUGCUGCUCCCCACCAGCCUUGCAGUGUUGGGGCUCAACACUAGGAAAGCAGCAGAGAGAAACCUAGAGAAACUAAGAGAAACUUAGUUCAAACUUUACCUGGAGUCCCUCUCUUCUCCCUCUCUUCUCAAAUCAAGAAAGAGGGGGACAUUUACCCACCCUUUGCUGCACUUCAAAGGUGCCCCUAUGAAGGCAAUUUGCUGGAUCCUGGCAGGUUUUUACCUGCUUUUCUGCUGCAAGGCAGAAGAGGGACUGAACUUCCCUACUUACGAUGGGAAAGACCGAGUGAUCGACCUGAACGAGAAGAAUUACAAGCAGGCACUGAAGAAGUAUGACAUGCUCUGCCUGCUCUUCCAUGAGCCUGUGAGCUCUGACAAGGUCUCCCAGAAGCAGUUCCAGAUGACAGAGAUGGUCCUGGAGCUGGCAGCUCAGGUCCUGGAGCCCAGGAGCAUUGGCUUUGGGAUGGUGGACUCCAAGAAGGAUGCCAAGCUUGCCAAAAAGUUAGGCUUGGUUGAAGAGGGAAGUCUCUAUGUCUUUAAGGAUGAGCGAUUGGUUGAAUUUGAUGGGGAACUGUCUGCAGAUGUCUUGGUGGAAUUUCUUUUGGAUUUGCUGGAAGACCCCGUGGAGGUCAUAAACAGCAAGCUGGAGCUUCAGGCCUUUGACCAGAUCGACGACGAAAUCAAACUCAUCGGCUACUUCAAGGGAGAAGACUCAGAACAUUUCAAGGCAUUUGAAGAAGCAGCUGAACAAUUCCAGCCCUACGUCAAGUUCUUUGCCACCUUUGACAAAGGGGUUGCCAAGAAGCUUGGCCUAAAGAUGAAUGAGGUGGACUUCUAUGAACCCUUUAUGGAUGAGCCUGUUCACAUCCCUGAUAAGCCUUACUCAGAAGAGGAGCUGGUUGAUUUUGUGAGAGAGCACAGAAGGGCCACCUUGAGGAAGCUGCGCCCAGAGGACAUGUUUGAGACAUGGGAGGAUGACAUGGAGGGUAUUCACAUCGUAGCCUUUGCUGAAGAGGAUGACCCAGAUGGUUUUGAGUUCCUGGAAAUCCUGAAGCAGGUUGCCAGGGACAACACCGACAAUCCCGACCUGAGCAUUGUCUGGAUUGACCCCGAUGAUUUUCCUUUGCUCAUCACUUACUGGGAGAAGACCUUCAAGAUCGACCUGUUCAGGCCACAGAUCGGGGUGGUGAACGUCACAGAUGCUGACAGCGUCUGGAUGGACAUCAGAGAUGAUGACGACCUGCCCACAGCCGAGGAGCUGGAGGACUGGAUAGAGGACGUGCUUUCUGGGAAGAUAAACACCGAAGAUGAUGACGACGAUGAAGAUGACGACGAUGACGAUGAUGACGAUGAUGAUGACGACGACGAUGAUGACGACGACGACGACGACGACGAUGAUGACGACGACUAACUGUGACUCUGUGCAGUUUGACUUGUGGGGCCCGAGAGCCCUGGCCCUGCGGCAGGUCCCUCCAUUGGAAGACCUUUGUUUGAGCAUCAGCAAGCACCGCUGCUCCUCUUUUUCCCCCGGCCCCCCUCCCCCUGCCCUCGCCCUUGCCGGGAGCCCCUCGCCUGAUUCCCAGCGGUGCUGAGCCCCCGGGACUGCCCCUGCGGAGGGCAGCACCUGCAGGCACCCAGCACCGCUGCAAAUCACGCCUCCUUAGUAAGGACAGUAGGAAUCUGCAGGGAAUCUGCCCCGAGUGUCCCAGGGCAGGAGAAAAGUGCCUGCCUGCUUGCUGCCAGAGGGACGCAGGGAGCCAGUUUGUAUUUUAUGUGUUCAUCAGCCCAGCACUUAACAUCCAAAGACCAAAUCUCACUUCAAGACAUAGGGAAAACCCUAACUGUAAAGUCUAGCCCUUUUAUUAAACACAAUGCCCUUUGCAGCUACUCUGCCAAGACCACUCAAUCCUGCAAAUUCUGCUGUGGGAGUCUGUAGCUACUCCCUAACAUGCUAAGAGCCAGAAAAAUGCUUUAGGAGGGGAGGGAGGUUUUAGGGAUGCUAUUAAAGUUUUCAGUGAUUCCACAUAA